AUGUCACCCUCUCUCUUUUCCCGUCCCGAGAUUCGCACCGUUCUCUCGACCCUCACUUGGCCUACCGCCGAAAUCGCACGGGUCCAGUCCGCUCUCGGUCCAUCUGUUGAGUUCAUCCAAUGUUCCCGCUCAGACACUUCCACCAUCGCCUCGAGUCUGCCUCGUGCGCAGGUCGCCCUCCUCGCCGGAGACCUGAACGAUAGCGUGCUGGAAUCGAGAGAGCUCAAGUGGGUCCACUGUGACCACGCGGGAUUAAACCAUUCCGCUCGCCCCGAGGUGUUCGAGCGCGGGUUGUUCGUGACUGGUAGCGCAGGGCGCUCCGGCCCAGCACUUGCCCAACACGCGUUCUUCUUCGCCCAGUGCUUUGUGUACGAUGUGCGGAAGAUGCUCCAGCGGCAGGAGCAGAACGUGUGGGGCACGGGGGAGGAGAUCGAACAGUAUAGGGAGCGUGGAGCACUGUGGGGGAAGAAGUUGGGUGUGGUUGGGUACGGGUAUACUGGUAAGGAGAUGGCGAAAAUUGGGCGUGCAAUGGGCAUGCAUGUGACAAUUCUGCGACGUUCGCAUGGGGAAGGAGAGAAGGACGAGAACGUGGAUGUCAUGCUCUCCACCGAAGCUGGUCAAGGGAUUGCGGAUGGUAUCCUCGCUGCCGACUUCAUCAUGCUCUCAUGCUCGCUGUCUGACAGCACCUACCACCUCUUCUCCACUCCCGAAUUCGAACGCAUGAAGCACUCGUGCGUGAUCAUCAACCUCGCCCGUGGUGCGGUGAUCGACGAGCCUGCACUGAUCGCAGCGCUAAAGCAAGGCGAGAUUGCUGGGGCAGGCUUGGACGUAUUCGAGCAGGAACCGCUUGGGAAAGACAGCGAGCUCUGGAAUAUGUCAAACGUAUUGAUUACGCCGCAUGCAACGCCACAGAUGCCAGACAAAAUUGAGAGGAGUGUAGCGGUGGUACUGGAGAACAUUGCAAAAUAUCGGAGGGGUGAGGGACUGUUGAAUGCGCUGGACGAGAGAGAUUUGUAUACGAAAGGCGCAGUACCGAAUUAGAAUUGAAAACCAG